GGGCGGUUGGGGGGUUUUGGGGAUCACCAGCUGAGCCGCCAUGCCACGCAGCAUGGCCCAGAAGUACUAUGAGUACGUCAACUACAAGGAGGAGCACGUGCAGGAGCAGCAGCGGGCACCACGGGGUGCCUGCAACGCCUACAUCAUCAUCUUCCAGACUGUCUUCUACACCUGCUUCCAUUUGAGCUUUGUCUGCGCUCAGAUGCCGAUGCUCUUCUUCCUCAAUAACUACCUCUACCAGCUCAACCACACACUCUUCGGGGUCAAGCACUGUGGGACCCUGAGCCACGGCACGCUGCCCGGCUUCAACACAACAGUGCUGCAGAGCCUGCCCCGCAGCGUCAACCUCAUCAUUGUGGAGAGCGCCUUGAUGGCAGCUGCCUUCCUUGCCAUGCUGGUGGUCCUGGUGCUCUGCGGCUCGGCGUAUCGGCCCACGGAGGAGAUCGACCUGCGCAGCAUCGGCUGGGGGAACAUUUUCCAGCUGCCUUUCAAGCACAUGCGGGAUUAUCGCCUGCGCCACCUCUUCCCCUUGUUCAUCUACAGCGGCUUCGAGGUGCUCUUUGUCUGCACUGGCUUCUCCCUGAACUACGGUGUGUGUGCCCUGGGGCUGGAGAAGCUGGCGUACCUCCUUAUGGCCUAUGGCUUCUCCGCCUCGGCCUGCUCCAGCCUGGCCCUCUGCAUGCUGCGCCUGCGGCGGCAGAUCCCACUACUGGCCGGAGCCCUCCUCCACGCCGCCCUCCUGGUGACUCUUUUCUGCUGGGCACCCGAGCCCCGGCAUCUGGUCCAGGCGCCUCUACUCUACGCCAUCAUCGUGCUCUGGGGCACGGGGAGCGCCCUCAACAAGACCAGCAUUAGCAUCCUCCUGGGCAUGCUGUAUGAAGACAAGGAGCGCCAGGACUUCAUCUUCACCAUCUACCACUGGUGGCAGGCCGUGGCGAUCUUCACCGUCUACCUGUGGUCGGGGCUGCCCAUGAAGGCCAAGCUCUCUAUCAUGCUGCUGACACUGGCAGUGGCAGUGGGGACCUACCUCUGGAUGGAGCACAAGCUGGCGCAGCACGUGACAUACCGCCUGCCCCGCAUCCCCCGCCCGCGCCACAAGAUGCGCGGUUACCGCUACUUGGAGGAGGAUGACUCAGACGAGACCGGCUCAGAGGGCGACGGCGGCAAAGACGACAGUGAUGACCACCCAGCGGAGGCCACCAAUGAGGAUGAGCAGCCAAAAGAUGAUGAGGACCAGCUGGGUUAGACAUCUUGUCCUGCCCCUCUGCCGUGGUGCCCCCCCCACUACUUUCUGAAUCUGAGGAAGGGGUGCACAGCACCUCCCUGGGGCUGCCCAAACCCCCUGAAACAGGCCCAGACUUCCACAGGCCCUGCUCAGGCUAGGCCUACCGCCUCCUCAGCCAGGCCUGCAGAGUCCCCAGCCAGACCUACAGAGCCUCAGACCAAGCCUGCAGUCCCCGAGCAAGCCUGCAGACCCCUUAGCCAAGGCUGCAACCCCUCAGGCCAGGCCCGCAGAGCUCCUAGCCAGGUCCCCAAAGCCUUCAGCCAGGCCCACAAACCCUCAGACCAAGCCUGCAGCCUCUCAGAACCCCCAGCAAAGCCUGCAGCUCCCCCAGCCAAGCCCACAGGGCCUCAGACCAAGCCUGCAGACCCCCUAG